UCCGGCUCCCGUGGCGCUCGCUCUUGCCCGCUGCAGCCGCUGUGGCCGCGGCCGCUUCCUCCAUCCUGGUAUUUUUGGAGCCUCCAUCCUGGUUCUUCCCAAGUGCCCGGACCCAAAACAGGAAAGUGCUGCAGAGGUAGGAGCACAGGGAGAAAUGAUCUGGAUAACAUGAAAGUGAUGCUGCUGGCCAAGGGACGCUGGCUUGAUUCUGAGGGAAGGGCUACCGCUGGUCCCACCGUUGUCUAGUUCCAGACCCUGACCUGGAGCCUGUUCCUGCACAGAUUUGAGUAUGAGCACAGAGGAAGAGGACUCUGACACAGUGACAGUCGAGACUGUGAACUCUGUGACGCUGACGCGAGACACUGACGGGAACCUCAUCUUCCACUGCCCUCGGCAUGAAGCUGAUGAGUUAGACUCAGAAGACAGUACUGACCCUCCGCACAAGAGGCUGUGUUUGUCCUCAGAGGAUGACCAGAGCAUUGAUGACUCUGCUCCUUGCAUAUCAGUCGUUGCACUCCCACUUUCAGAAAAUGAUCAGAGCUUUGAGGUGACCAUGACCGCAACCACAGAGGUGGCAGAUGAUGAGAUUUCUGAGGGAACCGUGACACAGAUCCAGAUUUUGCAGAAUGAGCAACUAGAUGAAAUCUCUCCUUUGGGUAAUGAGGAAGUUUCAGCAGUUAGCCAAGCAUGGUUUACAACUAAAGAAGAUAAGGAUUCUCUAACUAACAAAGGACAUAAAUGGAAGCAGGGGAUGUGGUCCAAGGAAGAAAUUGAUAUUUUGAUGAACAAUAUUGAACGUUAUCUAAAGGCACGCGGAAUAAAAGAUGCUACAGAAAUCAUCUUUGAGAUGUCAAAAGACGAAAGAAAAGAUUUCUACAGGACUAUAGCAUGGGGUCUGAACCGGCCUUUGUUUGCAGUUUAUAGAAGAGUGCUUCGCAUGUAUGAUGACAGAAACCAUGUGGGAAAAUAUACACCUGAAGAAAUUGAGAAGCUGAAGGAGCUCCGGAUAAAGCACGGCAAUGACUGGGCAACAAUAGGGGCGGCGCUCGGAAGAAGCGCGUCUUCCGUCAAAGACCGGUGCCGGCUGAUGAAGGACACUUGCAAUACAGGGAAGUGGACGGAGGAGGAGGAGAAGAGACUUGCGGAGGUGGUUCACGAGCUGACAAGCACUGCGCCUGGCGACACUGUCACGCAGGGUGUGUCCUGGGCCGCGGUGGCAGAGCGGGUGGGCACCCGCUCAGAGAAGCAGUGUCGCUCCAAGUGGCUCAACUACCUGAACUGGAAGCAGAGUGGGGGCACAGAGUGGACCAAAGAAGAUGAGAUCAGUCUCAUCCUCAGGGUAGCAGAGCUUGAUGUAGCUGAUGAAAAUGACAUAAACUGGGAUCUGUUAGCUGAGGGAUGGAGCAGUGUCCGUUCACCACAGUGGCUCCGAAGUAAAUGGUGGACCAUCAAAAGGCAGAUUGCGAACCAUAAGGAUGUUUCAUUCCCUGUCUUAAUAAAAGGUCUGAAACAGUUACAUGAGAACCAAAAAAACAACCCAUUGCUGCUGGAGAAUAAGUCAGGACCUGGAGUUGCCAACAGUAAUUCCAGUUCCAGUGUUCAGCAUGUUCAGAUCCGAGUGGCCCGCUUGGAAGAGAACACAGCCGUACCCCCCAACCCCAUGGCCGCGUUGCAGAUCCCAGUCCAGAUCACCCACGUCUCUUCAACAGAAGCCCCUGCUGCUCCUGUUGACUCGGAAACACUAACCCUAAACAGCGGAACACUACAGGCAUUUGAGAUUCUUCCAUCUUUCCAUCUGCAGCCCACUGGCACACCUGGCACCUACCUGCUUCAGACAAGCUCAAGCCAAGGGCUUCCCCUGACUCUGGCUGCCAGCCCCACGGUAACCCUGACAGCCGCUGCUCCUGCUUCUCCCGAACAGAUCAUUGUUCAUGCUUUAUCCCCAGAACAUCUGUUGAACACAAGUGACAAUGUCACAGUGCAGUGCCACACUCCCAGAGUCAUCAUCCAGACUGUUGCUACAGAAGACCUCACUUCAUUAUCCCAGGCGGAGCUCACAGUAGACAGCGACAUGCAGUCGUCUGAUUUUCCUGAUGCACUGGAAGCAGACACUUUCCCAGAUGAGAUUCAUCAGCCUAAAAUGACUCUAGCACCAUCAUAUAAUGACGCUCAUGUGUCCAAAUUCAAUGACCAAAACAGCACAGAACUGAUGAACAGUGUUAUGGUCAGAACAGAAGAAGAGAUCUCUGACUCCGACCUUAAGCAAGAAGGGUCCCCCUCUGACUUGACCAGUGCUUAUGUUACUGAGGAUUUAGAGUCUCCCACCAUAGUAGAACAAGUUGAUCAAACAACAAUUGAUGAUGAAACAAUACUUAUCGUUCCUUCACCACAUGGCUUUAUCCAGGCAUCUGAUGUUAUAGAUGCUGAAUCUGUCUUGCCCUUGACAACACUAACAGAUCCCAUACUGCAACACCAUCAGGAAGAGUCAAACAUCAUUGGAUCAUCCUUGGGCAGUCCGGUUUCUGAAGACUCAAAGGAUGAGGAUGAGGACUUGGUGAACUGCCACUAGGUAAUUCUUAGACACAGGUAGUUCAGCGAAGAAGCCACACUGUGCAUUACAGUGUCUCCAAAGAAGCAGGAGCAACCCCCAGGAGGCUUCCUCUACUGUUCCUCUGGCUUCUGAACAGCUGUCGUGCUUAGCCGUGCACGUUGUUGCUGCUACGACUUUUACCUCUUCUGCGUGUCCAUCUGAGGUUCAGUUUACGACCUGUGUGGCCGCGUGGAGUGUGGAUCCCAUGUUUUGUGUUACUUGCAGGAGGGAAUCUCAUUCACUCCAGGCUCCUGACAAGUUUUCCAUGUCACCAAAGCUAACUGCCUAUCUCCACAGAUCAGAUGCGGCACUCUCCAUCUCAAGCAGGCCCGGGUACAUUUCAGGGACAUCGUAUCAGCACGGCCUAGAGUUUAUCCAUGACCUUCAGAAAGAUUAAGCAGGAUUAGUUUGAGACCUGACCAGUAUACAGUGAGACCUGGGAGGAGACUGUGUGGCAGUUACUUCUGGUUCACCCACUGCUGACAGUGGAAGCUAACGUGGCAGGGCAAGAGGAACGCAUUACAAAGUCCUGGGAACUCCCUACAGGUCUUAGGGCUUCCAGAGGGAAUGUGGGUCAGGGGAGUAACAAAACCUACCAGCAGCUGAGUGUCUUCACCCCUUGCAGAAACCACUGUCGUUAGUUUACAGACUUAGCACUUUCAAGUAAAGUUAAGCUGUGCUUACUUGGGCAGCACAUACUCCGAAGGAACACUGAACCAGAUGGAGAAAGCGGGGGACGUUGGCAGUCCCUGAUACUACAACCCUUUAUGACACGUUUGCCGUUUAAGUGACCUAGAACACAGCUAAAGAGGGGUUGAGAGGUUCCCCCUCACUGCGUGCAUCAGCUGCCUGGGGUACAAUAUAACUUCUCCCUCUCAGGCAGUUUUAAAAAACAAAAUUUGCUUCUGUAACAAAAGGAAAGAAAUCAAGAGUCAUUCCUAUACUAGAGAAAGGUUAAGCCAAUACUAGCUUCUUAGGGCUUAAAUGAAUAUGACCCCUAUAGAAAAGUCACAAAAAAACUUGUAUAAAUUAUUUUAUUUAUUAUUGUAAUUAGAUCUUCACAAUCAAAGUUGUCUUUUCACCAUCUGUGUUUUGUUAACGUGAAAUUGUAGUGACAAGCAAGAGUUGGUUGCCUAGGGAACAAUUAUUGUAUAUUCAGUUUAACAGAAAUAAAGGAAUAUUUGUCUUAAAA